CGUCUCUUGCGCAUGCGUGAAAGGAAGGGAGCAUUUUGAGCGCCACAUUUAACUCGCGGGUCAACGGCAUACAGUACAAGACAACUUGAUUUACUGUUUGCUGCGUUGAUGUAAAAAAACAAAACAAACAUCAACGGCAUGUUUAUUAAAUCAGUGGUUAUCGAUGGCUUUAAGUCUUACGCACAGAGGACAGAGAUCAAUGGAUUCGAUCCUCUUUUCAACGCAAUUACUGGCUUGAAUGGAAGCGGCAAGUCAAACAUACUUGAUGCCAUUUGUUUUUUGCUUGGCAUUACAAAUCUAAGUCACGUACGGGCCACAAAUCUUCAAGAACUUGUGUACAAAAAUGGCCAGGCAGGUGUUACCAAGGCAACCGUCUGUAUCACAUUUGACAAUUCUGACAAGAAGCAGAGUCCACUUGGAUAUGACCAAUAUGAUGAGAUAGUUGUUACUAGACAGGUGGUCAUUGGUGGACGAAACAAAUACCUGAUUAAUGGAAGCAAUGCCAACAACAACCGUGUGCAGGAUCUUUUCCGCUCAGUGCAGCUGAAUGUUAACAAUCCACACUUCCUGAUCAUGCAAGGUCGCAUUACUAAAGUUCUCAACAUGAAGCCACCUGAGAUUCUGUCCAUGAUUGAGGAAGCAGCAGGUACACGGUUGUAUGAAGCAAAACGAGAAGCUGCUCAGAAAAUAAUUGAAAAAAAGGAUGCAAAACUGCAUGAAAUUGAUACUGUGCUGAAGGAAGACAUCACACCAACAUUAAAUAAACUGCGUGAUGAAAGAUCUUCGUAUCUGGAGUAUCAGAAGAUUCUGAGAGAACUGGAACAUCUGAGCAAGCUGUAUGUGGCCUACCAAUUUGUCUGCGCCGAGGAAAAGAAAAAAAAGUCAGCCAUGGAACUACUGGAGAUGCAAGAACUGAUGAAACAAAUGCAUGAACAAAUAGAAGAGAUUGCAAAGGAGGUGGCAAAGCUGGACAAAAAGAUUGCUGAGCUGACAAAAAAGCGAGAUGCGGAAUCUGGGGGAGUGAUGUUACAAUUGGAGGCGGAUUUAGGAGUCUGGCAAAAGAAAGAUGCUACUGCUCAAAGUGCCCUUGACAGCUGCAGAGAAGGACUUAAUGUGGAGCAGAAGCGCUUCAAGGAGUUAACAAAAAGUUUGGAUGAUAAUGCUAAAGCACAAGCUGCUUGUCAGAAAGAACUGGACAAGAUGACUGCAGAGAUUCAAGCUGUGAGAGAAGAAAGUGAGAAGGGAGCUACAGCGUACACAGCUGCACAGAAACGUUACCAGGCAGUUUGUGCUGGCCUCUCAACCAAUGAUGAUGGUGAAGCAGCCACACUCAAAAAACAGCUGCUAGUUGCCCAAAAAAGCAUCAAUGAUGCAGAAACAAAAUACAAGCAGGCCCACAUGAGACUGAAGCAUGCAGAACAGGAGCUGAAGAAGAAGGAAGCUGAGUUUGAAAAAAUACCAGGAUUACAAGAAAAAUAUGAACACACAUAAUGCGCUCACAGAAUCUUGGCACAAAUGGAGGAAGACAUGAAGAACCUGGGCUAUGAUAAAGAGAAUCAUGAGCAGCUGGUUGCACUACAACAUCAGCUGACCUGUGAUGUUCAAGCUCUCAAAGAGAAGCUGAAUACCUUAGAAGCUAAAUUUCCCCAAUUGUUGUUUGAAUACCGUGACCCUGAGAAGAACUUUGACAGAAGUAAAGUUCAUGGGCUUGUGUGCAAGCUAGUUCAAGUCAAGGAUAUGAAGUAUGCUACUGCUUUAGAAGUGGCUGCUGGGGGCAAGCUAUACAACAUUGUGGUAGACACAGAAAUGACUGGCAAGAAGCUUCUACAAAAGGGAGAACUUCGACGACGCUACACCAUCAUCCCACUCAACAAGAUCUCUGCCAAAGCUAUUGACAGUGCUACUAUCAAACGAGCCGAAUACCUGGUUGGGAAGGACAAUGUACACACAGCUCUCUCACUCACUGGCUACCAACAUGAGCUGGAGCCAGCCAUGCAGUUUGUGUUUGGAUCAGCUUUUGUUUGUCAAGAUAUGGAUCAAGCCAAGUCUGUCACAUAUGACCAGAAGGUAUUGAAGCGUACUGUAACACUUGAUGGCAAUUCCUUCGACCCUGCUGGCACUCUUACUGGAGGUGCCAGAAAGCAAGCAUUGGCCAUCUUGGAACAUCUGAGUGAGCUGCGGUCAGUAAAGGAAUCCCUUAGUAGCAAGCAGCAGCAGUUGUCUAAAGUGGAGCUUCAACUUGCUUCACUCAGUAAAAUUGCAGACAAAUAUAAGCAGCUGAAACAGCAGUAUGACUUGAAAGUCCAGGAGACCGAGCUGCUCACAACUUGCUUGACACAAAGUUCCCACCACCAGCAGCUGGAGGAGAUCAGUGUUCUAAGAUCCACCAUAGCUGAUCAACAAGAAAUGUUGAAGGGGGCCCAAUUCAUACAACAACAAACCACUAAGAAAGUUCAUGACCUUGAAGACAAGACAAAGAAUGCCUCAGCAAUGAAGGAACAAGAGCUUCAGGAGUCUGAGAAGCACCUGGCAGACUGCAAAAGAUUCCUGGAAGCCUCCACGGAAAAAGCUCGAAAGAAAUGUCAGGAAGAAGAUGCAAUUCGCCUUGAUCUUGUAGAACUAUCCAAGGAGGCCAACAACUAUCAUACCCAGCUCAAGAGUACAGAGGAAACCAUAGCAACUACCCUAGAUGCCCUUGCAAAAUUAGAGGCAGAAGCUAAACAAACACAGGAUGGUGUAAAAGCAGCACAUGCAGAAGUCUGCAAGCAGAAGGAGUUGCUGACAGCAUGUAAUAAAGAUAUUAAUGCAGCUGCUAGUGAGCAUCACUCACUGCAGAAGGAAGCAAGUGCUGGGCACCUGAAAUUGCAGGAACUGCAAAACAAAGUCACAAAGUUGACCAAAGACUCUCAGGACACAGCUAAACAAGUGAAUCUUCUGAUGGAAAAGUACGAAUGGAUUGCAAAUGAGCGGCAGUUCUUUGGACAGUCCAAUUCGCCAUAUGACUUUGAAGUCAAUAAUCCAAAGGAGGCAGAGCGUCGCAUUCAAAAGCUUACAGAGACCAAGGAGAAACUAGCCAAGAGUGUCAACAUGCGUGCCAUGAAUCUCCUGGGCUCUGCAGAGGAGCAAUAUGCUGAUUUGAUGAAGAAACGUAAAAUUGUUUUAAAUGAUAAAGCCAAGAUUGCUGCUGUCAUUGAUGAACUGGAUAAAAAAAAAAAUGAGGCAUUGAAAAAGGCCUGGGAACAAGUGAAUAAGGACUUCGGCUCCAUCUUCUCCACAUUGUUGCCAGGCACACAAGCCAAGUUGUCUCCUCCUGAAGGUCAGACUGUGCUUGAUGGCCUUGAAGUCAAAGUUGCUUUUGGUGAUGUAUGGAAGGAAUCCUUAAGUGAGCUCAGUGGUGGCCAGAGGUCACUGGUGGCCUUAUCACUGAUUCUGGCUAUGCUGCUAUUCAAGCCAGCACCACUGUACAUUUUGGAUGAAGUGGAUGCUGCUCUUGACCUUUCACAUACACAAAAUAUUGGUCAGAUGAUUCGCUCCCAUUUCAAGCACUCCCAGUUCAUCGUGGUUUCCUUAAAGGAUGGCAUGUUCAACAAUGCCAAUGUUCUCUUCAAAACCAAGUUUGUAGAUGGUGUCUCAACUGUUGCACGCCAUGUUCAACAACAGAUAAUGGGACGUCAUAUGUCUACUGAAGAUAAGGAGAAUGAGGAUGGUUCAGAAAAACAAGGAACAGCAGCCAAGCGCACCAAGAACAUGCUGUCCAUCUGAAACAGACUUGUUUAUGUUGACAUUCACUCCUGAAUUAUCUUUAUGCUGAAACUUUGCUCCUGAAAGUCAGACAUUCAUACUGAAGCUAACUUCUCCAUCUAGCUAGAUAAUAUAUUUGUCAAGCACAUUGUUUAUGCCUAAAGCACAUCUGUGGAACAGAUUUAUUUACAGAAUCAGUUAUUUCCAGAAGCAGAUUUGUUACAGGUAAACAUGUGCAUGCACACUGGUGUUUGCAUAUUUACUCUCACUAUAAAUCACACAGAUAUGUUUAUAUAUGAGCAAUGAUGCCUGUUAUUUUGUUUGAGCAAGGAAACAAUAGAAGGUAGCCACUCCACAUACUGAAGGUUAAAGCUAAUUAAAGACAUUUGAAAUAGAGCUUUAUGCAGACUGUAUUUUUGUGGGAAAUCUGUUAUGUAUUCAUUUUUACUUUCCAUUCACAUUUUAAGAAAAGCUGUUUAAAAUGUUAGAAAUAAAUUUAGAGAAUAUUGUCUUUUGGCUUUGCCAAUCUCUUUCUCCCUCACUUGCUCUUUCUGCUGUUGACUUUCCCUUCAUCUUUUCUCUUUAUCCCUAAUACAUCUUCUCCUGCACUGUACUUCUGCACCCAUCAUCAUGUCUUGUUCCUUCAGCCUUUUUCUCUUUUUUUGUCCUAUCUGCUAUUUUAUCUGUUUCUUUACUUUUCUUCUCCAGGUCUUCUUUCCUUUGUUUUUUUUUUUUUUUUUCCGAUCACAUACUCUUGUAUUACACUAUUAUGUGCAGUAGGAAAUAAACAAUUACAACCAAGACUAUGUGUUUCUUCUU